UGUUACAGAGAGCCCCAGUCAAACCUUAUACAGUCACAAAAACAUCUUUACUGGCCAUCCCCCCAUGUAAGAUCAGUAACCGUUCCUCCUUUUACUUUAUCAUAUUGUAACCGGCGAUCAUUCUUCUCACUCAUGUUGCAAUCACGCUAGCUGUGUUUUCUUUAAUCAUGAAUACCAAAUACCGAUACUUAUUAUCGUCUGAUCUAGAGUUGUCUAACUUGGACACGUCAUCUGACGACAACCUUGAUAUAAUAUCUUCUACUGAACGACGCUGGAGACAAUUUAGUUGCCUAUUUGGCACAUCUUUUGUUAUCUUUAUUUCUCUCAUAGCAAUAUUUGCGCUUGGUCGACAUUUAGGCUAUGAAGAUGCAACCUCAAAACCCAAUCGCUGUAUAGAUCCCUCAUUCAGAAGCGAAUGGAGAACGCUCUCAAGACAAGAAAAGCUGGAUUACAUAGAAGCGGUUAAAUGUCUCACCCGCAUGACUUCCGUACUCACAGGUAAUGGUACCAUUCACGACGACUUUGCCUUUGUGCACAACAAGCAUGGUCACAGCGCGCAUGGGAAAGCACCCUUUCUCCCAUGGCACAGAAGAUUCAUCUUCAUAUAUGAAAAAUAUCUACAGGACAAGUGCUCGUACAAAGGAGCAUUGCCAUACUGGGAUUGGACACUUGAUUGGGAGAAUUUCCCAGAGUCUCCGAUAUUUUCGAGCGUCACUGGUUUUGGCGGCAAUGGGAAUCAAAGUGCGCCUCAUAGUGUGGGUGAAGGACACUGUGUGACCGAUGGCCCAUUCGCAGACUGGCGUCCUCUCUAUUACGGAUCAAACUCACAACCCCAUUGUUUAUCUCGUGGCAUCACUGAUUUCGCUGGCACGAGUGUAAGUCUGAAAGUGGUGCAAGAUAUUCUAAGAGAAAGGGACUAUGAGACAUUCUUCUUGGCUUUGGAGAGAGGUCCUCAUGACAUGGCCCCCAAUGGUAUCAGAGGUGAAUUCUUCAAUUUUACGGCUCCUAAUGAUCCAAUCUUCUACCUCCACCAUGCACAAUUGGACCGUCUUUGGUUCAUUUGGCAGAAAAGAGAUGAAAAGACUAGACUCACCAACUACUCAGGCAGCUCAGACGAGAACGCAAGCCUUAAUGACAUCCUCAACAUGGAGGGUUUAGAGGAAGAGAAUGUCCGUGUGUCUCAGGUGAUGGGUACUCAAGGAGGUGGUUUAUGUUACCAAUAUUCGUUGACAUGAGAGUCGAG